AGCUCAGCUUCAGCAAGUUGAAGCAGCGUUGUCUGGAAAUGGAGAAAAUGAAGAUUUGCUAAAAUUAAAGAAAGAUUUACAAUGGCUCUCUGCAUCCCCGAAACGCCUUCCUUCAGUAAGAGUGCUUGAGUGCACCCCCUUUGACCUGCUGAUAUGUAGAUCACAACAUCUGAUGCUUCCUGGAAUUGCCGAUUACUGUAACUGCUGCCCAUCUGUCGAUGAAGGAGCAGUUUCAGAACUCAGACUUGGGGGAGGAAAAGUAAUUAAUGGAAGUUAUAGAACUAACCAAAGACCUUCUGUCAACUCAACCUUCUGAAACUCUUGCAAGUUCAGACAGUUUUGCUUCUACUCAGCCCACUCAUUCAUGGAAAGUAGGAGACAAGUGUAUGGCAAUCUGGAGUGAAGAUGGACAGUGUUAUGAAGCGGAGAUUGAGGAGAUAGAUGAAGAAAACGGCACUGCUGCAAUCACCUUUGCUGGCUAUGGCAAUGCUGAAGUGACUCCACUGUUGAACCUCAAGCCUGUAGAAGAAGGAAGGAAGGCAAAGGAGGACAGUGGCAACAAACCCAUGUCAAAAAAAGAAAUGAUUGCCCAGCAGCGAGAAUAUAAAAAGAAGAAAGCUUUAAAAAAAGCACAGAGAAUAAAAGAACUUGAGCAGGAAAGAGAGGACCAGAAAGUGAAAUGGCAACAAUUCAACAACAGAGCCUAUUCUAAAAACAAAAAAGGCCAGGUAAAGAGAAGUAUUUUUGCUUCACCUGAGAGUGUAACUGGCAAAGUUGGAGUAGGAACUUGUGGAAUUGCUGAUAAACCUAUGACACAAUAUCAAGAUACCUCUAAAUACAAUGUCAGGCAUUUGAUGCCUCAAUAAUCAGAAAAACUGUUGGAUUUCAUCUCUGCAGGGCUUUACAUUUACCUUUUUAUCCUUAUAUUUUUAUAAAGGUAAAUUAUUUGUUGGAUGAGUAAGGAAGAUACCAUUGUCGUCAUUGUUUGACUUCAAUAGAAUGAAACUUGAAGAAAUUGCAUUUGAGAUAACUGCUAUUCAUUUAACUUUUUUCAUUACUACUACCAGUUUCCUCAAAGUUUGUUGGAUAAAGCAACUUUUCUAGAUAGAUGGUGCAUAAAUACAGCACUUAGAUGAAUUGUUGAUUUUCCUAAUAUCAGGCCCCCCACUUAAUGGAUGGUAUAUACUUUUUGUAAAGUCCUAACUUGGAAUUUUCAGAUGCUUUGAACUUGCCACAUAUUCUAGCAAUUCACUGGAACAUCAAGGCAAAACACCAACAUGCUAAAGAGAUCUUCAUUUUUUUCUUAUCUUCAUUGUAAACCUAGCUGUUGCCCAGUUAAGCCUAAAAACAGGUUAAUUGAUAAAUGGCAAAGUUUGAGGUUUUUCCUUCAAUAACUUGUUUCCUAAGCCUAUUAGGCCAUCUCUAAAAUUGAUCCAGCUCUGUAUUUUUUUCAUUGAGUUUUAGUUUUGUGUAAGAAACCACGUUUAGGACCAGCGAUCUUUUCUAAUGUUUUUUGGUUUUGUUUUGUACGUUUACUUUCUUCCUGUGUUGAUUUUUCACUUAUGGUAGUGGUCCUAUUUUUUGGAUAUGUAAUGUUUAUAUGAGAAAACAAAAAGCUGAUGUAUAGCCCUGUAUACAGUGUAGAUACUAUUUUUGUAAAAAUCCAAGGCUAAAUUAAUGAACAAGAGUACUGAAUGUUUCAUCAUUAAAAAUUUACUGUAUUUCUUGUGCAUUAAUCUGACCAUAAUUUCCCUGUAUAUUAUGUUCACGUAGCUGAGUUUGUAAUUUUUGUUAACUAGAUCAAGAUGUCAGCAUUUGUUAGUAUAAGUGAACAUCACAGUUAUCCUGAGUUGAGUUUAAGCCAAAUAUAUGCAUAGAGAAGGGCCGUCCUAUUAAUGGAAGAUGGUGAGUUUUAGGAUGUGUGUUAAUUUCAGUUUUUGUAUGUUUAACUUUUAUUAAAUAAAGUGUUUUUAAAAUCUC